GAGGCAAUGCCAACAAUCUUUCUUCCUGACAAGCAAACGCAAUAGAAGGUUGUAACAAUUAAAGAUGUCUUCAUUAAAAGAUGUUUGCAGUGGAUUGCCUCUCGAUCCACUUCCACAGAGGCAGCAGCGAGACAAUGCAGUACCACAUGCACCAGUAAGAACACCAAAUUUGAAUCCCGACGAGGAAAUGCUUGCACUGCAGAAUGCAUUGAGGUAUUUUCCUCCAAGCACGCAUGAAGUGUUGGCACCGGAGUUCGCUGAAGAAUUGCGAGAUUAUGGGCAUAUUUACAUGUAUCGUUUUAGGCCUAAUAUUGAAAUGAGGGCAUAUCCAAUCUCAGAUUAUCCAGCGGUGAGCAGACAAGCUGCUUGUGUGAUGCACAUGAUCAUGAACAAUCUGGAUCCGAGAGUGGCACAGUUUCCUCAUGAACUUGUCACAUAUGGAGGCAAUGGCCAAGUUUUCUCAAACUGGGCUCAAUUCCUUAUAACUAUGAAUUACUUGUCAACAAUGAAUGAUGAGCAAACAUUGGUUAUGUAUUCAGGGCACCCAAUGGGCCUUUUUCCCAGUUCUUCAGAUUCACCAAGAGUUGUGAUUACAAAUGGAAUGGUUAUCCCAAAUUACUCUUCACGUGAUCAAUAUGAGAAGAUGUUUGCUCUUGGUGUGUCGAUGUAUGGCCAAAUGACAGCUGGCAGCUACUGUUACAUUGGACCACAAGGAAUUGUCCAUGGAACAACGAUUACUGUGAUGAAUGCAGGUAGAAAAUACUUGAAAGUUGAAGAUCUGAGUGGAAAGGUAUUUUUGACAUCGGGUCUGGGUGGUAUGAGUGGAGCUCAACCCAAGGCAGCAGUGAUCAAUGGUUGUGUUGGUGUGGUAGCAGAGGUCAGCAAAGAAGCUCUCGAGAAACGCUUCAAUCAAGGGUGGCUGAAGGAGAAAACCUCUGAUUUGGAUGAACUUGUAAACAUGAUAAGAAGUGCACGUCAAGAGCGAAGGACUACUAGUAUAGGAUAUCUUGGCAAUGUUGUCGAUGUAUGGGAGCGCGUUGCUGAUGUUUUAGAGAAGACUGGCGAUAAGCUUAUAGAUCUAGGGAGUGACCAGACAUCUCUUCACAACCCUUUCAACGGAGGGUAUUACCCCGUUCAGUGCACAUUUGAUGAAGCGAAUCAAAUGAUGAAGUCAGACCCAGAACAUUUUAAGAAGUUGGUCCAGGAAAGUUUGAGGCGGCAAGUGGCUGCCAUUGAUAAGAUGACGUCAGCAGGCAUGGCAUUCUGGGAUUACGGCAAUGCAUUUUUGCUUGAAGCCAGUCGUGCAGGAGCUGACCUAACGAAGCCAGGAGCCGCCCAUGGAAUUUUCAAAUAUCCAUCUUAUGUUCAAGAUAUUAUGGGGGACAUUUUCUCGCUGGGUUUCGGACCUUUCAGAUGGGUCUGUACCAGUGGGACUCCAGCUGAUCUUGCAGAAACAGACCGAAUUGCAGCCGAAGUGAUGGAAUCGAUACUGAAUAAAGGCGAUCUUUCAGUUGAAUCACAAGAACAGUACAAAGAUAACAUAAAAUGGAUCAAGGCAGCUCAGAACCAUGGCCUUGUUGUUGGAUCACAAGCUCGUAUUUUAUACACUGACGAAAAAGGAAGGCGAUCAAUUGCCUUGGCAUUCAACAAAGCAGUUUCAGAGGGGCGAAUCAAGAGCCCCAUCGUUCUUAGCAGAGACCAUCAUGACGUCAGCGGUACAGACAGCCCCUUCCGUGAAACCUCAAACAUUUAUGAUGGAUCUUCUUUCUGUGCAGACAUGGCUGUUCAGAACUGCAUUGGAGAUAGCUUCCGCGGAGCAACAUGGGUUGCAAUACACAACGGAGGAGGAUGUGGCUGGGGAGAAGUAAUGAACGGAGGCUUUGGUCUUGUUCUUGAUGGAUCAGAGGAUGCAGCAAGAAGGGCCAAUCUGAUGUUGUCUUGGGAUGUCAACAAUGGGGUUGCCCGUCGUGCAUGGUGCGGUAACUCAUUUGCCCAGUCCACUAUAUCACGUGCCAUGAAAGAUGACCAAAAACUGCGGGUCACGGUACCACACCAGGUACAGGAUCUCCAGGCGUUGGCAAAGGCAUUCGCUGAGUUGGGGAAGCCUGAGGCCGAGUGACGAUUUUUGAAUAGUGCCAGUUUACAAACGACAAUAAAUAUAUAUUUAUUUAAUGUAGUGCGGGUUUUUUAUGGUUUGAUGCUUGUUAAGCUACUGUCUCUAUAGGAAUGUUAUAAUCAUGUCAUUAAAAUUUUAUUUAAAGAAUAGGAACACCGCGUUGUGUUACGUCAUCGCUGCAGCUAUAUUUUAUUAUUCUUAUUUGUGAGAUAACAAAUAGUGCCUAG